GGAGGCAGAGUUAGUCCUAAACUACAAAAUCCUUAAGCCCAGUUUGGCUUCCCUCAUUAGCCUUCAUUUCCUUCACCAUCAGUGUCCAUGGCUUCUUAUAUUAGCUUGAAGGCCCUGGCAAUCCUAGCUCUUGCACUUGCCUUCUGUGUGCAAGGCAUCAUGGGUGGAGGAAUCGAAUGUGAGAAUCUCAACAAGGACUCGUGUGCAUUCGCGGUAUCAUCAUCCAGUAAGCGUUGUGUGCUCGAAAAAACAGUGAAAAGGAGUGGAGAGGAAGCGUACACGUGUCGUACAUCAGAGAUAGAGGCUGAUAAAUUGAAGGACUGGAUCGAGAACGACCAGUGCAUCGAAGCAUGCGGGCUUGAUCGGACGAUGCUUGGAAUCUCAUCGGACUCUCUUUUGGAGUCUCAGUUCACUCACAAGCUUUGCUCAACUCAAUGUUAUGAUAACUGUCCCAACAUUGUAGACCUCUAUUUCAAUCUUGCUGCUGGUGAAGGUACAUUUCUAACGUACAACCAUAUUCUACAAGAGUAG